AGGAAGUGGAGAACAGCAAUUCAUUGAGCUGCUCUAGAUCGUUACAGCCAAAGUAAAAUAUUUAUUAAUCAGUGCAUUUCGCCAGAUCAUUAUUGUCUGUUAUUAGUGUCAGACAGUCAGCUGUUAUGGUGAAAGUGAAACAAGCAUGAAACAAACAUUACGAAAUAUCAGAAAGGAUCAGCUCAAUAGACACGAUGAACAUGGUCACAUUCUUUAUUGUGGGGCUUCUGGUCCAUGUUGUCUUCUUCAUCUCCAUAUUUGACAUCUACUUCACAUCACCUUUGGUUCAUGGGAUGAGUCCUCAGCAUGUGCUCUUACCAUCACCUGCCAGGCGCCUGGUGCUCUUCGUAGCAGAUGGUCUGAGGGCAGACAGCAUGUUCAAGCCUGACAUCAACGGCACCAUCAGGAUGCCUUAUUUAAGGAGAGUAAUUGAGGAGAGCGGUUCGUGGGGAGUGUCCCACACGCGUGUACCGACAGAGUCCCGUCCUGGACAUGUGGCGCUCAUCGCAGGCUUUUAUGAGGAUGUCAGCGCUGUGGCUAAAGGCUGGAAGGAGAAUCCAGUGGAAUUUGACUCUGUGUUUAAUGAAAGCAGGUACACAUGGUGUUGGGGAAGUCCUGAUAUCCUGCCAAUGUUCGCUAAAGGAGCCAGUGGAGAUCAUGUGUACACUCACACUUAUCCUGCUGCAAUGGAGGACUUUGCCUCAAAGGACGCCUCCAAACUAGAUAGCUGGGUGUUCGAUCAAGUGAAGGACUUCCUCAGAUCGGCAAAAGAGAAUCAAACGCUCAUGUCUCAAUUGCAUGAAGAUAAGAUUGUGUUUUUCCUUCAUCUUCUGGGAAUCGACACCAAUGGACACGCCCACCGGCCCAUGUCAAAGGAGUAUCUGGAUAACAUUGGCCUGGUUGACCGUGGAGUGGCCGAGAUCGUUUCUGUGUUGGAGGAGUUCUUUGGGAAUGAUGGGAGAACGGCGUACGUUUUCACAUCUGAUCAUGGCAUGACAAACUGGGGGUCUCAUGGAGCCAGUCAUCCAUCAGAGACCCUCACUCCCUUGGUGGUCUGGGGGGCUGGAGUUCAGAAAGCUCAGAGAACCACCACUUUUUAUAAUUAUGACGAUGACUACUUCAGAGGCUGGGGUCUGGAGACCUACAGGAGGAUUGAUGUCAACCAGGCUGAUAUAGCUCCGCUCAUGUCAUCUCUCAUCGGGGUUCCCAUUCCACUCAACUCUGUGGGGGUUCUGCCACUCGAGUACCUCAAUAACAGCCAGCAUUUCAAAGCUGAAAGCAUGUAUGCAAAUGCAAUUCAAAUCCUGGAGCAAUUUAAGGUGAAAAUGACACAGAAAAAGGAGACCACUUUGUCAUUUCUCUUCAUACCAUACCAACCUCUGAUUGAUUCUAAAAUGACCGAGUUUGUGAGUCACGCAAGAUCACUGAUUGAGAAAGGACGCUUUGAUGAAGCUAUUCAUCAGUGUGAGGUUCUGAUAGAUCAGGCCAUGGAGGGAUUGUCCUACUACCACACCUACGACCGCUUUUUCCUGGGCUGUAGUGUUGUCUUAGGUUUCAUCGGAUGGACAUCUUAUGUGGUUUUGGUCAUCCUGAAGACUCACGCCAGCCUGCGCAAACCACCCACAAACAGACACACAACAGCAGGGAGCCAUCUGGGUCGGGUGUUUGUGUGUGGGGGCCUGCUGGUGUCUCUCUUCCUGUUUCUUCAGGCCAGUUCCUUCACCUACUACAUCUACUGCCUGCUGCCUGUCCCUGUGUGGUAUGGCGUCCUUAAAGAAUUCGGGAUCCUUGUUGAUCUGAUGAGCUUGGUUCCUUCCCUGCCUCUGAGCAAAUGCUUUGGAUAUUUUGUUCUAGUUACAUUUGGGAUAGAGCUCCUGGUUGUGAGUUUUUUCUAUCGGGCGAUGUUGACCCUGGGACUGAUAGCGCUGGCACUGUGGCCUGUUGUCUCAGGGCUUUAUAGAAAAACCAAGUCCAGGUCAGUGAGUUGGGUGUUGAGCUGCUUGUGUCUGGCAGUGUUUCCUCUGUUGCCUGUUGUCGGACGAGAACCCAACACCAACUAUGUGUUAUGUGCAGCAGCUCUAAUGCUGUUCAUGUCAUUCCUCUACGUCUUAUCACGUAGACAUGCAGGCCUGCAUACGAGAGAUCGUUGGCUGUUUAUUGGCCAGAUGCUGCAGGUUGUGCUGUGCACAUAUGUGCUUUCCAGCACGCACUCCAGUCUGCAACUCAAACAAGGCCUGCCUCUCUUCAAUCAGCUCAUCAGCUGGACCACUCUGGUCUCAUCGUUUUUUGUGCCGCUGCUGAGUUCUACGCGAAUCUUCCACAGGCUCCUGAGUAUCCUCAUGUCCCUCAUCUGUGUGUACCUUCUCCUCAGCACUGGAUACGAGGCCCUGUUUCCUCCUGUACUGUCAUGGCUGAUGUUUGUGUGGAUCCAUAUGGAGCAGGAAGCUGUGGACACAUACGGAAUGGCCAAUAGGAAUGAGCUCUCACGCAUCGAUUUUGCUGAAAAUAUCGACUUAUCCAGAAUAAGGCAGCUGAGUUUGGGUGAUAUCAGAAGAUCAUACUUCUUUGUAUUCUUCAUAAUCAUUGCAUUCUUUGGCACAGGAAACAUUGCCUCCAUCAACAGUUUUGACCCAGCUUCUGUCUACUGCUUUCAAACAGUCUUUAAUCCUUUCGUCAUGGGUGGCCUUUUAAUGUGGAAGGUCCUGAUCCCAUUCAUAAUUGUAACGUGCACGUUUGAAAGUGUUCAAGUGUCAACACGGCUUUCGUCACGAAGCCUUUUCCUGAUCGUGUUGGUCAUCUCUGAUUUGAUGGCACUGCACUUCUUUUUCCUGGUGAAAGACUACGGAAGCUGGCUUGAUAUCGGCACAAGCAUUAGUCACUACGUCAUUGUCAUGUCCAUGACCAUCUUCCUGAUGCUGCUGAGUGUGAUGACACACAUUCUGACCUCGAAUAAGCUCCAGAUUGGACAAAAAGUGAAGGUGCACUUUAAGUGAUGUGCAUUAGACAGUGUUGGUGUUCGGGCACUGUCCUGGCGGCAACAAUACUUGAUUUACACCAUAAGUACAACUUUCUCAUAAGGAACCUGAAAAAAAAGACAUUUCUGGGAAAUACACUAUUAGGUUUAAAGGAACUAAAUCUUAUUGUGUGCACGCAAUGCAAAUCCUCACCCCUAAAACAGGAAAUUGGCUAUGCUCUGAAAAGAAAACAGGAAAACAACCGACUCUUAUUUGCAGUAUUGGUAUGAAUAGUACAGAUGUUCUGCAACAGACAUUUAUUCAAAAAGCACCUGAACCAAAAAGAUAUGUUGAUGAGACUGUGUGUGUACAUCAUAACAUUAAAAAAAAACAGGUGCUUGUAAAACUAGACUGAUUUUAAUUUUGUUUGUGAAUUUGUUCUUUUUAAAAAAAUUUUUUUAUUUCUGCCACAUGAACAAGUUGUGCAAGAAAACGUGAAUAUGCUUUUGGUUUGGACUGUUUACAGGUGGUGAUUUCGUCUGUGAUGGUAAAGGGGUAAUUUUUUUUAAUCUAUUUUGGCUUCUGUUAGGUAUUUAUGAAUUUUGUACGGGACAGAAUAAAGCAUAACGUUGAGAUCAGAUUAAGAACAUGUUCUUCAGUCUUAGCCGAGGAUUCUUCUGCCGUUAAAAUGUCUUCUGGAUUUUUUAAAAUCCAUUCAGUGUAAAGUAAAACGAGUCAAAAACUAAAUUGAUUGUGAAGGUUGAAGUAAAGAUUAACAAACGAUAACUGGACUUGGCUCAAUUUUCCAGGAGCUCACCUAUUUUCCCAAAGAAUUAAUGAUCAUCUUUGCCUGACUGCUUUGCGUGUCUGGAUUGAUUGAUUAAUUGAUUUAAUGAUUGAUUUUUUUUAUGUGUAUACAUAACUAUAUUUAUAUUAAAAUGCACUCUAGAGACCAUACAA